ACGGCAAAACCUUAAACAUAAAUACCAAUCAAUUUCAAACAACAGAUGACACUCACACUUGUUCCCUAUGUUCCAUUUUUCUCAAUCCAACAUUGGUUAACACUAACAUGGGUGUCUGUUUCGGAUCACUCUCUCGCCUACCGCCACCCUCUUCCCUCAACAUCCUUCACACUUCAGGAGGUAAAGUUUGGGAGAUGGGAAGUAGUGAAAGUGGAAAGCUUCUAGAGAUGUCAAACUUGAAGGUGUUUAGCUAUGGAGAUUUGAAAAUUGCAACAAAGAGUUUCAAGUCAGAUGCUUUGCUUGGAGAAGGUGGUUUUGGUAAAGUGUAUAAAGGUUGGUUAAAUGCUGAAACACUUGCUCCUGCUAAAGCUGGUUCUGGAAUGAUGGUGGCUAUCAAGAAAUUGAAACCUGAUAGUUUGCAAGGUGUUCAAGAAUGGCAGACAGAAAUCAACUUUUUAGGAAGGAUUUCUCAUCCCAACUUGGUCAAGCUACUUGGUUAUUGUAGGGAUGACGAUGAAUUUCUACUUGUGUAUGAGUUUAUGCCAAGGGGAAGCUUGGAGAACCAUCUAUUUAGAAGAAAUACUAACAGAGAGCCACUUUCUUGGAAUACUCGACUCGAAAUAGCUAUUGAUGCAGCUAGAGGUUUGGCUUUCUUGCAUUCUUCAGAAAAACAAGUCAUAUAUAGAGAUUUUAAGGCUUCUAAUAUACUUCUUGAUGGGAAUUACAAUGCAAAGAUUUCAGAUUUUGGGUUGGCUAAAUUUGGACCAUCAGAGGGAGAUACACACGUGAGUACUAGGAUCAUGGGUACACAUGGUUAUGCUGCCCCAGAAUAUAUUGCAACAGGUCAUUUGUAUGUGAAGAGUGAUGUUUAUGGAUUUGGUGUAGUGCUACUUGAAAUGUUGACAGGAUUGCAAGCACAUGAUUCAAAAAGGCCUUCAGAGCAGCAGAAUCUGGUUGAAUGGAUUAAACCUUCUCUAAGAGAUAAAAGAAAGUUGAUAAGUAGCAUAUUGGAUAGUAGGCUAGAAAGCCAAUGUUCACCAAAGGCAGCGUUAGAAACAGCUAAGCUUAUUCUUAAAUGCCUUGAACAUGACCCUAAAAAACGUCCUUCUAUGAAAGAUGUUUUGGAGACAUUGGAAGGCAUAAAAGCUAUUAAGGAUAGAAGGAAGAUAUCCAAGAAUCACGGCACUAAAUCUGCAGCUAAUAGCUAUGUAUAAUUUACAAAAACUAAUUUGUCCAUUUAAAAUUUGAGGGUGAACAUUUGAUUCAGUGAAUAGGUUUUUUCAGACACUUUCUAGUCAUUUAUAUGUUUUAUUUUGUUAGUUGGAGGAGAAAUUCUUUUAUUUUUCCCUCGCUGUUUACGUUGGUCCCAAUUUUUUAAAGUGGGAAAAUGUGUUCUCUUGUAAGUAUGGUUAUUCCUUUGUCAAAACAAAAAGGCUACUUCCUGAAAAACCGAUGUACUUUCUUGUGUUGUGUUUGUAUGACUCUCUUCCAAUAGUUCA